AUGUCCAUCCAAGUUCAAGACUUCCCGGACGGCGUACGAGAGAUUACGAUCGCGAACGCGACUCGAGGGAACGCGCUGACGAUGACUAUGCUUGUGGAGCUCGCGAGCGCGUUCCGGAGCGCGUCGUCGAGCGCAAAGUGCGUCGUGCUCAAGGGAUGUCCAAAGAGUAAGAGCUUUUGCACGGGCAUUGAGCUCGCGAGCGCGGAGGAGGUUUUCUCUGCGCCGGAGCGAGGUGACGGCGGUGAUUCAUCGGAUCCUGUGAGUGCGAUGGAGGCGUGCGCGGUACCUAUCGUCGGCGUAGCGCAUGGGGCGUGUGUGAACGCGGGAUUUGAGAUUUUGUUAGCUUGCGACGUGUUGAUUUGCUCGAGCGACGCAAAGUUUGUGGACACGCAUGCGAAGAUCGGAAUCAUUCCGAGCUGGGGAUUGAGCGUGAAGUUGAGCAGGGUCAUCGGAUCUAACGCGGCAAAGGCGUGCUCGGUUUUCGGAGAGGUUAUCGACGCCCAAAGGGCGCUCACGCUCGGGUUGGCGCAUCGCGUGACGUCAACGCCAAAGCAGGCGAAAGAAGCCGCGUGCGAGCUUGCGAGGCGAACGCUCGUAUUUCCUCCGGGGGGAGCGAGCGCAGUGAAGAAUGCGAUUGAUGAUGGUUUGCUGAUACGAGAUGUGCGCGCGGAGGAGCGACGGAGAGCGUUUGCGCAGUAUGCGCAGGUCGCUCGGGAGCGACUCAAGGCGUUCACGGCAAGACGCUCCAAAUUGUAA